AUGGCGGGUUUGUGUGUCCUGCAGUUGUGUGACCUGCAGUUGUGUGACCUGGAGUUGAGUGUCCUGCAGGUAUGUGUCCUGCAGCUGUGUGACCUGCAGCUGUGUGACCUGCAGUUGUGUGACCUGGAGUUGUGUGACCUGCAGUUGUGUGACCUGGAGUUGUGUGUCCUGCAGGUAUGUGUCCUGCAGUUGUGUGACCUGGAGUUGUGUGACCUGCAGUUGUGUGACCUGGAGUUGUGUGUCCUGCAGGUAUGUGUCCUGCAGCUGUGUGACCUGCAGCUGUGUGUCCUGCAGGUAUGUGUCCUGCAGUUGUGUGACCUGCAGCUGUGUGACCUGCAGUUGUGUGACCUGCAGUUGUGUGACCUGGAGUUGUGUGUCCUGCAGGUAUGUGUCCUGCAGUUGUGUGACCUGGAGUUGUGUGUCCUGCAGGUAUGUGUCCUGCAGCUGUGUGACCUGCAGCUGUGUGACCUGCAGUUGUGUGACCUGCAGUUGUGUGACCUGGAGUUGUGUGUCCUGCAGGUAUGUGUCCUGCAGUUGUGUGACCUGGAGUUGUGUGACCUGCAGUUGUGUGACCUGGAGUUGUGUGACCUGCAGUUGUGUGACCUGCAGUUGUGUGUCCUGCAGGUAUGUGUCCUGCAGCUGUGUGACCUGCAGCUGUGUGACCUGCAGUUAUGUGUCCUGCAGUUGUGUGACCUGGAGUGGUUUGACCUGCAGUUGUGUGACCUGGAGUUGAGUGUCUUGCAGGUGUGUGCCCUGCAGGUGUGUGUGUCUUGCAGAUGUGUGGGUCCUGCAGGUGUGUGGGGAGCCUGCCACAUCUAUACCGUCUACGAUCUGACACUACCAUCUACACAACCGUACCUAGAUUGUCUGUACUAG